UUAACCUCAUUGUGCAAGAGAGAGGAGGAGUGCAACUGAAAAAGUCAUUGUGAAAUGAUCACAACGGUGUACAUACGGCACCGUAAUAGUGAGCUGUCCGUCCACCAAUUCAAGCCUUUUAUGGUGAUUCAGGUCGCAGCCGAGAAUUAACGUAAAAACUGCGAGUCAGUGGUGCAGUAAUCAUGGUGCGUGUGAUCAAACAAGAGACCUAUGAUGAAGUGGUGAAAGAGAAUAUCGAGGAAUUGGCUAUGACGCCCCAAGAAGCCAUCGAGGAUGCCGUCAAGCAAUUCGAGGCUCAGGGCAUCGACCUCACAAAUAUUAUCAAGGACCUGGCGAUCAGCGAAAAUUCGAACAUCAUACAGACCUGCCUGAGGAAGCUGUCCAGCUCAGUGGAAAAAAAAAAUUUCAACGACGUUCCUGAUGCACUGGAAAAACUCAAGACUGAAUUAAAUAAGGACAUUGCCAGGAGGAUGUAUGCUGCCAAUGAAAAUGCCUACUGCAUUCUACUUGAUCUUGCAGAGGAGGUGGAGAACGAGGAAAAUCUUAAUAUUCUUAAAUCAGUCAUCAGGACUAUGACAUCGCUGAUGACGGGACAUCCCGACCUGUUGGAUGAGCGUGGAAUGAAGUUGCAGAUAAGACUUCUUGAUCGCCUAUCAGAUCCCCCAGCAGUCCAGCUCCUCCUCCGUUGGAUAAAGGAGUGCUGCAUUAAACAUGAGAUGAACAGACAAGCGAUAUUCAACGCUGACAUUCUCCAGAGAAUCAAAAACAUUAUCGAGAAAGAGGGCAUAACAGCAGCUGUACUCAGAGAUUGCUGUGGGGUGAUGAGGAGCCUGGCCCUCGAUGACGACAUAAGGCAUGAGUAUGGAAAAGCUCACGAUCACGCCGCACAAAUGGCCAGGGCAUUGCUCCCUGUCCUCACUGGAUUAUUAACAAAAUUCAAGGAAGACGAAGGCGUUGUUGGAGAUCUCAUGCUGACGAUGGCCUCUCUGAUCGUUAGAAAUGAAUUUUGUCAAGACGUCGAAGACGCAGGGGGGCUCACCUUCAUUCUCGACGUCAUGAUCAAUCAUCCUGAUACUGAAAAAUUGAACUGGCAGGCUUUGAAACUGCUGAAGGCUCUUGCCGGGAAUGACAACGUCAAAGCUCAUAUUGUCACGAGUGGAAGUGCUCCUCUCAUUGUUUCCACCAUCGGGAGAUUCAAGAGUUCUGAAAGCAUCACUUCAGCAGCAUUAUCCUGCAUUUCCGCCUUGACACUUCGCAGUUCGUCAAAUGCUGGGGUGUUUUACGACUGCGGUGCUCCACCAGUGAUUAUUGACGCAAUGAAAGAAUUCCCAAAGAGUUUGAGUGUUCUACGACAAGCCUCCUGGGCAAUAAGAAAUAUGUCAGUGAGGAAUAAAGCUGAAUCGCGAGAAUUCGUGUCCUAUGGAGUCAAUAGUGUUCUCCAAAAUGCAGUUAAAAAUCAUCCAGUACUAGCUGAGGACGCUCGAGCUGCGCUGAGAGACCUCGGACUGAAAGUGGAUUUGAAGGAGCAAUGGACCGGCAAAGGAGGUGCAUUGACCAACGAAAAAGCCUGAGGAAACCGCAUUUAAUGCAGUAUUUUUAUGAAAAAUUGCUUAGACCUGAGAUUAUUCUGCUGAAAUUAUUUCACCUCAUUGAGCGCAAGAUGAAUUCUUCGAGUCAUGAUUGUCACGCAUGAUACAUUGUUUUUUACCAGCUUCGUUGCAAUAAUAAAGAUAUAAGUCGCAA